CCGGUUGCGUAGGAUCACUUCCGGCGGCUCGCCCUCGCCGCCUCUCCCUGCGGGCUUGCUGCUCUUGCGAUUCCGACAUGCGCAUCGAGAAGUGCUACUUCUGCUCCGGGCCUAUCUACCCUGGCCACGGCAUGAUGUUUGUCCGCAACGACUGCAAGGAUAAUUCAUUUGAAUUUGAAAAACGGAGAAAUGAACCUGUCAAAUACCAGCGAGAACUGUGGAAUAAAACUAUUGAUGCGAUGAAGAGGGUUGAGGAGAUCAAGCAGAAGCGCCAGGCCAGAUUUAUAAUGAACAGGCUGAAGAAGAACAAAGAGCUCCAGAAAGUGCAGGACAUCACGGAGGUCAAGCAGAGCAUCCACCUCAUCCGGGCUCCUCUUGCAGGCAAAGGAAAGCAGCUGGAAGAAAAGAUGGUGCAGCAGCUGCAACAGGACGUGGACAUGGAGGACGAGUCUUAGGGACCUUGCUGGCUGUGCCGCUCCCGUGUCACAGUCUCUUGUGGACGCUUAGAGUUUGGAACCCUUGGCUGGUUUGUCGCUAGUUGCUGAAGCGAUGGCGACCCGAGUCUUUCCUGUGCUGCUGCCCUCCUACAGUGGCCGGGUGCUAGGUUUCUCUCUGGCACGGCCCCUGGCGCUGUGCUUGUGUGGGUGUGAAGAUCUGUGUGCACACGCAGAGGUGCCCGGUGGGCAUCAGCGACUGUGCCAUCCGCAUGCAGGCCUAGGCAGCGUUGUGUAAAGGCUGAUUGCCAAGACUCAUGGAAGUGACACGCGAAAUAAACUUUUCUUUGCAUUA